AUGUACCAGAUCAAUACCUUAAUCGAAGUCAAGUUCCAUGGAAGUUCUAUCAUCUUUGUUUUUUUAGUCGGAGUAAUAUGGACUUAUGAGCCAUCAGAAGGAUAUUUUCACCUGACCUUUCCACCAUCCAAAAAUCCACUCAAUUUGAAGGCCCCAAAGUUCUCUAGAAGUAUAAACUUCAUUCUUGAUCACCAAAUCUUGAAGGCAAAAUUUUACAGAGACAACAAUGGCUCUCACUGUUUGUGCUUUUCAGCCAUCAUAACGUGUUCUGUCUAUUGACAAAGGUAAGCUUAUCCCCUACCUUGCUACUUACAGAUGUUGGAUGUUUGGUGGUCACAUUACAAGUAAUUUUGAGAAUUUGUAGUUCAAAAAAGAGUUGAUUCGUUGUUGGAUCAACAAGGGGUUCUUUCUAGGUCGGAACAAUAUGCCUUGUGGUUGCUAACCUUUAGUUUUGCAAAUUGGUAGACUCACACUUAGAUUUGUUAGUUAUAGUUGAAUGCCAUUAGUAGUGCUUUUUAUCUGCAAAUGUGGAGUCCUAAAUCUAAUUGGGAUAUAGAGCUUCUUUGUAUACGAUUUUGGAAAAGUGUAAAUUACACAGCCUUAUUUAUUUGAUUGUAUUUUCGUAUAAAAAUGAGGUUCUUACGUGAAUUUUAUAUAUAAUAUAACAUAGGGAAAUGAUGAUUAUGUAAAAAGUUGAUGGGCAAAGUAAGGAAAGACAGAAACUUAAAGUGAAAUUAUAAUGAUUUCUUUUUAGUUGACAUAUAUUUAUUUUUUUUAUUAAAUGAAAGGUACAUUUUGUAGCUAUACUUAUUGUAUCAUACUUGAUUGGUUAUAGAUGAUCAUGA